AUAUAUCACAAGUUCAGAGCAGUCAACAUGGACCAUUUGGCUCCUUCAUCUGAGCAUCUUUGCUAUGUCCGGUGCAACUUCUGCACCACCGUUCUUGCGGUUGGAAUUCCAUGCAAGAGGUUGAUGGAAACAGUGACUGUGAAAUGUGGGCACUGCAGUAAUCUCUCUUUCCUCACCACUAAGCCUCCAGUUCAAGGUCAAUGCUUUGACCAACAAACCAUUCUUCACCAUCAGAGUUUGUGCAGUGAAUUCAAGAAGGGCGGCCUUCCUUCGUCUUCGUCUUCCUCCACAUCCACAUCCACAGAUCCUUCUUUGUCCCCACGAGCUCCAUUCGUCGUCAAACCUCCUGAGAAGAAGCAUAGGCUUCCAUCUGCCUACAAUCGGUUCAUGAAGGAGGAGAUAAAGCGCAUAAAAACUGCGAAUCCGGAGAUACCCCAUCGGGAGGCUUUCAGUACAGCUGCAAAGAAUUGGGCAAGGUACAUUCCGAAUUCCACGGAAGCUGAAGCAAGAGUGAUUAAGCCUUAAUUACUGAGAAAAUUAUGCUGCUGCGAAAACUAUUUAUUAAUUAAUUAGAUGUUUAUUUUGAUCAAGAUCUGUAGCUUAUUUGAAGUAAUUUAAUUUAUGUUGUUAAGAGGAUUUUAUUAAUAUCUGGCAUUAAUUAAACAUA